AAAAGUAUAGUCUCGUGAGCCUUUUGAACCAUCGCUUCACCAAAAAGGUUCCCUGAUCUGAGUCGCAUGCAGUGCUUCGUGACACCUAGUGGUAGAUCUGCACAACCCAAUGUCGUGGUCUUUUUAGCCAAUCGGGAACAAGUAACUUACUAUCGCAUGUUUUAUCCAAUCAGAGUUUUUGUUUACGGUGUACAAAUGUUGUAUACAUGUUGUUCCAUGUAAUCACCACAGGGUGGCAGCAUUGAUCUGGAACUUGCAGUACAAAUUUCUAGGGUCCAGUCUGGAGACGGGUGCCGGUUUAAUUCUGGUGUCUUGGUUAUUUAGAAACUGCUUGCUUUUAAAAUGUUGUCAAUGGUAACGUAGUUAAGAAAAUAAUUAUUUGUAAGAUUGGUGCGGGAACCUUUGUGUACGGCCAUUCUCUUCAGCUGGAAUUGGUAUCCUACGUUUUGGUCGAACUCAUUUUAAGGGUUAAUUUUUGUGGUUGAUGUUUAUAUAUCGUUUAAAGACGGCGGUUUUCAUUCAGAACAGCAUAAUAAAUAUUGUUUUAUUCACGGGUCAACAUGGAAAUGUAAAACUAAAAUCACUAUAGAAACGGCCACAUAUUCUAGUUACAACACUUUUCAUCGGAAGGUAAUUCUAGUCGAUGAGACGAUGCCAAGUUAGUUUAAAAACUGCUAGAAAGAUAAACUAGGUUCUUUGCAAUCCUAGGCAAUGGGCAACAGUGCAUUGGACACAUUUAUCAUCUUUUACAAAACAUUCCAAUUCACACACAUUGCAUUACUGCUGGACCUUGCUGUGUAAAUACACAUCUAUUAAAUCAUCUAGUAUUUCCAUUUAUUUAAUCGUGGUUAUAUUGAUCCUUUCUAAAUGUGUUUUAUUGAGGAAGAAGUUAUUUUCAUUUGUCAUAUUUUAUUAUAAAUUGAAUCCUGUUAUCAGUAGGUGAACUGAAUUUGCUGCAGUAUUUUCUUAGCCUUGAAAUAUCGUACACUGUGUUGCUCUAGAUGGAAAUUCAUGUUUUGAAUCGGCUGCUUUUUAAAAUGUAUAAAAAUAACGGCAUGGAAGUAUUUGUAUUGUAUAAAAUGUGGGCAGUGGAGUCAUUAACACAGUCCUGUGCAUUUUUGGAUGGAUUUCAAUUCUAUUAAUGCUACAUAAUAAUGCAGCAAACGCUAAGACUACUGCAUGCACUGAAGUAGCUAAGACUUAUCAUUGUAAGCUGACUCAUUUUUUGACCUGCCUUUUUGAAACGCAGCAUAACGUGAUAAAUGGGGCAGGUUUGAGGUGUGGAGAUUUACUGGAUUAAAUUAGACACCUUCGCUAAACAUGUCAAAGGGAAUUAACGACUCGGCACGCCUCUGUUUAAGUGAAGGAAAAUAAAAUCAGAUUUAUGGGCCCAAGUUGAGAACAAAGGCGUUAAUUUAAAUCUCUUUUCCCCCAUGUGCAGUAAAGCACUCGCAUGAUUAUUAUAGUGUGUAGGAAGUUAAAGAAGUGACAAACAGCACUCCAUUAUCACGACAUGUAGCGAAUCCUGUUGAAAAUGAAUCUGUUUAAUAAUCCUGGACGCGCUCCGGGGAGAGGGAGUCAGCGGUGAUGUAGGGGCCAUCUCCGUCCCCUGGUCCCCGCUAAAUGGCUUUCAAAUCGGUUAAGCCUUCAAAGCUACUGGCCUCCGGUCUCCCAUUAGCACUUAAAGGGGCUCUGAAGUGCAUUUACAAACUUUUAUCGUAAUCCCCUUGCGUCUGGAGACUCGGGCACAGAGACACGGUCCGUGAUAUAAAACACGAGUCGCGGAGUGAGAAACUGGACCGGAGGCCAGCGAGAGCGCACAGAAGAGCGAACGAACAGCAACACAAUCUUAAACACGUUUCAUUGCACCCAUGGAGAGCAGGGUGCUGCUGACGGCCCUGGCCCUGGUAGUAGCCUGGGUCGACCCGGGCCAGUCCCUGGAGGAGGGCUUGGAGCCCCCGGAAACCUUCCAGACAGACCAGCAGCAGCAGAACUUCGCCCAACGGCUGCUGGAAGCCUUGGAGAGUGAGGGGCGUUCCUCCCGGGGGGAUGAGCGGGUGAUGACUGCUGUGCUGCGCUCCCUGAUUCACGGACCCCAGCGCUCUGGCAGGAGCCCUUCAGUCCUCUACCAGCCUCAGAGGUUUGGCCGGGAUGCCAGGGGAGCUGUGGGCAGCGAGGAGCAGGUAGAGUCUCUCGGCAGGGAGGCCAUGCCGGCACAGUUCUGGAGCAUGGCGGUGCCACAGAGAUUUGGCAAGAAGUAAACUAAAGCAGCCGCCGUCCAGGAUACUUGUCAAAACAGACCAGUACAAAUUUCCAUCCCAAUACCCAGCUCAACGCACUGUACCCAAUAAAACUGCUCGGCUGUCCCCUGUGUGUUUUGUUUUAUUUUUUACUCGUGUAGGACGGUACCUGCAAACCUGUCUUCAAAGGGGAGUCAGACACAAUGAAGAGCGGUCUACAGGGUUGCUAUAGAAACGGCUCGGAGUUCUGAAUGGAACGUGGAAUGAUGGGUAACGGAGCUGUUUGCUUGUGUUCCAUUUCAGACACAUGUAUGUAGGGGGUGCCUUUGUCAGCUGUGCAUUUUUACAUGUUAAUGUUUAAAAGGACAUGUAGAACCUUGUACCCUUUAUACACAUGUAGCGCCUCCUGGUGGACCUGCAACAAAACUUGAGCCCAUUAGAGGUCCAGUUAGACUUUCAAAAGUUACAGCCACUAACCUUUCAGAGUUUAUUAUUAUUCUAUGUAUUGUUUAUAACAAUGCUGUUUGUACAUGUUUUCUGGUGACAGCUUUAUUCAGUUUUAUCACCCAAGUGUAGCUGAACGGUUCAAGCUGAUCCUGUCCAAUACAUGUGUUGAAUAAAAAAAUAAAACUCCAGUGAUGAGCAAUCGUUUGAAAAGUCUG